AGAAGAGUAAACGUAUAACUGGGCCCGGCCCGCAAACUCCUGCAUUCAGGUUUUCCCUUCUGUCCAUCAUUUCGACUUUCGACUGCAUCACCACCCUCGUCAUCGCAACAAUGGAAGAUUCUCAUCACCACCACCACCCCGACGACACCCAUCAUCACCCACCCUCCUCCUCCCCUCCCACCACCGGCACCUGCUGCAAGUGCGGAGGCCCUACAACCUUUGCCCCCCCUAUCCCAACCCCUAUCUUCUCCCCUCCCCCAACCUACCGCCCCAUCCGCGCCCCAGCAAUCCCCCCAGACCCCAACUCUACCCGCGCUAUCAUCCUCUCCCCGGUUCCACAACCUCAAAAGGUUCCCAUUUUGCCGCCACCCUACGACUUCCACACCCCCACCAAGCGCAUUCACUCCCCCGAUGAUAUUCGCUCCUUCCACGACUCCUUCUCCGGCAAAAACUUCCUCGGCUUCGUCGUCGCACUCUCCGAAUCCAUCCGCGGCCGCAAAAUCUCCGAUCAGUGUCACGAAUCCCCGACCAUUCUCGCCGUGCUCUCUAUCCUUGAAACCCUAACCCUAUUCGCCGACGAAACCCCCCCUGUCCCACAAUCUGCGCGCUACGGAAACGUCGCGUAUCGCACCUGGCACGAGAAAAUGUCCAAUUCCGCAGAAUCACUGAUCUUAAAGCUCCUCCCGGAGAAUCUGCGCUCGGCGACUGUCGAACUCGUGCCUUACUUUGCUGACUCCUUUGGUAACGCGAGCCGCAUCGACUACGGCACCGGCCACGAGACGAAUUUUGCGGCGUGGCUGUACUGCCUGGCGCGGCUGGGAGUGGUCGGAGAGGAGGAUUAUCCGGCUCUAGUGGCGAGGGUGUUCGUGAGGUACUUGGAUCUCAUGAGGAAAUUGCAGUUGUUGUAUUGCUUGGAGCCUGCAGGAUCUCAUGGUGUGUGGGGGCUUGAUGAUUACCACUUUUUGCCCUUCAUAUUUGGGUCUUCGCAGUUGAUUGAUCACAAAUAUAUGAAGCCUAAGUCCAUUCAUAAUGAGGAUAUCUUGGAGAAUUUCUCCAAGGAGUAUCUUUACCUUGCUUGCAUUGCCUUUGUGAAGAAGGUGAAGAAGGGGGUGUUUGCCGAGCACUCGCCCAUGCUGGAUGAUAUCAGUGGGGUGCCCAAUUGGAACAAGGUGAACGGUGGGUUGCUCAAGAUGUACAAGGCUGAGGUUCUUGAAAAGGUCCCCAUCAUGCAGCAUUUCCUCUUUGGAUCGAUAAUUAAGUGGGAAUAGUUCUUGGCGUCCACUGCCGGCUUUCUUGUGAGGACAAGCUAUAUAAAAUAGGUUGAUGAAAUCAGUAUGGGAUUGCUUGGUGGGGAAUUAUACCCGUGGCAAAAUUUUCACCAAUCUUUUGAUGUACUCACUAUAUCGACUUUGCAUAUUUUAGAUAACAUAUAGCACCUUCGUAAAGGUAAAAGAUAAUGGAAAGAGUUUCUCGUUUUGCCAUAUGACUGACGUCAAUGUUUGCUACGUGUAGAAAGAUGGUUCUACUUCUGUACUAGCAAGAAUAUCAAGUUGAUGUAUUCAUUGCUGUUUCUGGUUCUUGCGUUAUGAGCAGCUUAGAGUGUAGCCCCUUAAUCAUGUGAUGAGAUUUGGAUACGAUUGAAUUUUGUAGUGAAUAAAUAAGUUCGAAAUUUUGUUAUUA